AUGAAUCCAAAAAGUCCAGAGGCACGUAAUCGUGACGAUAAACCUUUUGAAGGAAUGAUUAUUUCUAGUUCAGAGGUAGUUGAAAAGCUAACUAGUCGUAGUCCAUGCCCUCGUUGUGGGAAAUCACGAAUGUACUUCUGUUACACAUGUUUCGUUCCAGUUACAUCUCUGGAGGGACAAAUUCCAGUGUUAAAGUUACCAAUAAAAGUGGAUAUAAUUAAGCAUCGGCGUGAAAUAGAUGGUAAAAGUACAUCAGCACAUGCAGCUGUUUUGGCUCCACAAGAUGUUAGAGUCUACGUAUAUCCAGACAUGCCUGAAUAUGUUUUAGAUGGUAGAACUGUUUUAUUAUACCCAGGUGCAGAGGCUAAGACAGUUCAAGAAUUGUAUACAUGCAAAAAUAGUGCUCCUAGUUAUUCAGAACUUUUAUUAGCUACAUUACCAUUAGGAUAUAAUGUGGGUACUUUAAUGACAAAAGUGUUAUGUGACACUGAUGAUGACAGAAUACACCAUGUAGCAAAACUGCCUAUAGAUAGAGUAGUGUUGAUAGAUAGCACAUGGAAUCAAAGUCGUGGGAUUUAUGCAGAUGAAAGACUGCAAAAAAUGCCUAAAAUAGUAUUACAGAACAGACCAUCACAAUUUUGGCGUCAUCAACGCGGUAGUCCUAGGUGGUACCUUUCAACAAUAGAGGCUUUACAUCAGUUGCUGCUAGAGUUACAUUUAUGUGCUUGGGGAAGAAGUGAACACUACUGUUCACAUCUGACACACAAUUAUCCUAUUCAUAUGACUCAGGAUAAACAUCCACAGUGCCAACCUUAUGAGGGGCAGUAUGAUAAUCUAUUGUUUUUCUUUAAAUUUUUGUAUGAAAAGCUGCAUGUACUUUAUCAACAUGAAGAUCUAUUAGCAUAUAAGAGACCAAUGAAAUAG